CGACACGUUUCAGCACCAGUAGGUCGCUGAGCGAGGGUAUCUGGCUGAAGGAGGAGGAUCCCUAGUCUUCUGGAUCUUGAAUCAUCCCACUGCAUGCACCCUGUUUGACUCGACUAACAGCAGCCAUGAAUAACAGCAAGGUGGAAUUUGAGCCUUUUGAAUAUUCUUAUUAUGAUUAUUCAGACUGGUACUCAAACAACGCAGAGCCAACCCAACCACCCAAAGAAGUUAUUUUGCCAUGUGACCCUACAGCGGACGACCAGCUCUUCCACAUAUGCGUGCUCUCCGUAUCUCUGGUGGUCGUGUUAAUCCUGGCAGCUCUCUCCAGGAAAAACAAAUUCUGCCAAGGAUUCACAAGAGGAUCCUCCUCCAUCUUCAGUCCUGCCAACUUCCUGGACCAGACUCAGCACAAAGGCCUGGUCAUGGCUGUGUUUGGGCUGUUGUUCAGCAAGCUGUCAAUGCUGGUGAUCGCCCCGGACCCUCUGCCUUUCUUCAAAGAUACUCCACAGGAGAUGAAAGAGUACAUGAAGGUAAUUGCCAUCUUCUACUACCCCAUCCUGUAUUAUCCUCUGAUGGUCUGUUGCACUCUGCAGCACAAAGCAGGUUAUGUGUUCGGGACGGUCCUCUCCUUCGGUCAUUUCGCGGUCCUUGUAUGGCAGAAGUUCGACUGUCCAAAGACUCCAGAGAUCUAUAAAUACUACGCUUUGCUUGCAAGUCUGCCUCAGUUGGCCUGCCUCGCCUAUAUCUGUGUCCAGUUUAUUUUGCUCCUCGUCAAAGGACCAAAGACUGACGAGGACCUUGACAGCAGCUAUUACACCGACUAUGUGAAAUCCCUUCUAAAAAAGAAGACCUCAAAUGCCAGCUCUUCAUCUGCGGACAAACCAACACUGGUAGAGAGAAUACUGAAGGUGCCGAAGAGUUAUGUUUACAUGCCAGAAAAAGUUUUUAGAUUUCCACUAAAACUGGCCGUAUCAGCAUGUGUCGCCCUUGUGGCGAUAUACCAUGUUGCAUUGUUGUUGGUGGUCCUGGUGGUCCCCACUCUUCACAUAGUCCGUGCUGGUAUUGAUGAAAACAUUGCCUUUCUGUUACUCGGGUUUGGGAUUGUUCUGUCAGACGACAGGAUGGAGGUCGUCCAAAUUGUAAUCUUUUAUACUUGGUUACUGGAAGUGUGCUACCUCUGUGCAAUGACCCUCUCUUGUCUGGUCAGUCUUGUCAUGCUCAUGAGGUCCAUGAUACUUCACAGGUCAAACCUGAAAGGAUUGUAUAAGGGAGACGUUUACAGCAUUUAUAACAGCCAGAAGACCAUCCGUCCUUCUAAACCUGGCAUUGUCUGCUGGAUGGGUUUGACAGGAUACCAGGCUGCGAUCGUCUGCCUCGGUAUGGUUAUUCAGACGGUAGUGUUUUUCAUCUGCUUCUUGUUCUUGGUGUUUUUGAUCAUUAUCCCUGUUUUUUACGGUCGUAAUAUCAUCGCUUUUGAAAUUGCGGGAAAGUCAUGGCCGGGUUGGGUAACACUGAUCCUGGUUACUGUGCUUCAACAUGUGACUGCUAAGUUUGCGUUCAUCAAAAAAGAUGCUGGUACAAGAGACUUGAACAACAGAGAGAGUUUGUUCCUCUUGACUUACCUGCUGUUCCUGAUCAACAUCAUGAUGGGACUGGUAGCUGCAAUUUGGAGAAUGGUGAUAACAGCUUUGUACAACAUCAUCCAUCUCGGCCGUAUUGAUAUCAGUCUGCUUCACCGAACUGCAGAGUCUUACGACCCAGCCUACCGACACUACGCCCAUUUCCUGAAGGUGGAGGUCAGCCAGUCACACCCGGUGAUGAAGGCUUUCUGUGGCCUGCUUCUGGACAUGAUGGUGGAGGGAGGCAGAGCUGGACAGAAAAUAAGGGACGCAGAGGAAGGGAUUCAGGAGAACAGGCCAAACAAGGCUACAAGCCGUCGGAGGAUUCACUGUCGCUGGCAACUGGUGUACACACUGGUCAACAACCCAUCCCUGCUGGGUUCCAGGAAGCACUUCCAAACACUGCAGACCUCUGAGGGCAUCCUGAAUGGAACCCCCAACCGCACAUCCAAUAAAGGCAGCAGGAGAGAGGCUGCUACUCCUGCCACUGAGCCAGUCCAGUCAACUGAGGCAUCAACAAACCGAGAUAAAACUGAAUGAAUUACCUUUAUCUGUACAGUGUGGUCGGCAGCACACUUCAGGCAAAAUUGAAUUAGGCAAGUAUGCCGCUAAAUAAAGACACAUGUCAUCAAGGGCUCUAUACAAUAGUUUGACCUGUAUAUAAAUAAAUAGAAAGAAAUUCCCCAAAAAACAGUGAAAAUAAUAUGAAUGACAAAAUGACUAUACUGUAUUGUGUUGCUUGUACAGUACUGUUGAGGCCUUUUAGUAAUUCAUUAUGGACAUGCACAAUGUUCAGGGCUGAUAAUAGGCAGGGAGUAAAUAAAACAACACAUUUUGGCUCCGGUUAUGUCUUCCUGUUCUGCUUAUAUAUCCCCCUGAUUGCUACACACUUGCCCUUUAAAGAUAAGUAAGGAACAUUUCUAAAACUGCUUUUUCAUUUUAGUUGCUUGUUAGUUUUUUUUUUCAGUUUCAUUUUGAACGAUGACGUUCUAUAUUAACCUUUGCAGCAUAUGCUACUUAAUGACUGUUCAUUUUAACAUCUUAUUAUAAUUUGUCAGAAGUUUGUGUGUAAAGCAAUUUCUACUAUAGCAUAAUUAUAAUGGGAUGAAUAAUGACAGGUUUUGACGUUAAACACAUAGCAUUUUUCAAAUUGACUGACUAUACUUUUCUGUUACAUUUUCUACAUUCUAUUUUAAUGCAUGUACGCAAAUAGUCUGUUUUUGUUAACUCCUUGAUCUGCAACAGAAAGUACAGAACGUGUGACUUCAUCUUUAUUCCUUUUAAAAUUAAAAUGAUGUGUUUAUUCA